AUGAAGAUCAUUGAUUUGGUAAUGCUGCUUCAAAAGCCUGUGGCUUCUACCCAAGAAACAGAAGGUGACUCAUUUGAGGCUCCCCAGCAGCAGACCUUUGGCCAAGCCCUAGUCUUCACAAAUUCUCAGCACAGCACCCAGAUGGCAUCAGGAACUGGCAACUCCAGUGCUGUAAACUCUUAUUCUCCUCAAAGUCUGUCUGCAGUUAUUUGUCCUGGCUUUGGAGAACUUGGAUCCUCUAAAUUGGCAAACUCUACUGGAUCCCAAAUCUUGGACCAAUUGAAAUCUCCAGGUUUGGGUCAGUUUACUUCUCAACAAAACAAUAGUAGCUCUACCACCACUACCAUAACUACCACAUCAUCCUGGGAUCUGAAACCGCCCAUUACUCAGUCCUCAGUCCUUAGUCAGUUUGACUUUAAAUCCCAGCCUGAACCAUCCCCAGUUCUGAGCCAGCUGACCCAGCGACAGCAACAACAAACACAGGCAGUCCCUGUUCCUCCUCCUGGGCUGGAGUCCUUCUCCUCCCAGGUAAAACUCCGCGAGCCGUUGCCAGUAGACACCUCUACAGCUGUUAGAAAAAUGUUACAGCUCCCCACUAUAUCAAUGGAUAAUGAUGUAUGCAAAGUAAUUAUGGCUGCUUUUUCCUCCUUUAAGAUUCCUGCCUCUGCAGUGGAGAUGCCUGGAUCAGCGGAUGUGACAGGGUUAAAUGUUCAGUUUGGAGCUCUGGAAUUUGGAUCAGAGCCUGUACUCCCAGAGUUUGGAUCAGCUUCAAGCAGUGAGAAUACCAGCCAGGCGACCAACAAUAGCUUGUACUCAAAAUCUGUAAAUGAUCCUUUGAAUACCUCUUUGCCAAUAUCCAAUACAGUACAGGAGUCCACCUACACAACCUCUGCCAUCACUUCUUCCAGUCUGACCUGCUCAUCCCAGAGCACUAGCCCAGUAACAACAACUUCCUCCUAUGACCAGAAUUCUGUGCAUAGUAGGAUAGUGUACCAAAGCUCCAUGGCUCUGUCUGAAUCAACCCCUGUGGCAGUUACGAAUGGGCACAGUGGUAUUAGGAUACAGGCAACUCUUGACACACCUAAGACAGAGCCUUCUCCUUCACUGCCUUCUGCUGGUUCUCUGCCUAGUGUGAUAUCCACCACUGCUUCGCUUCUGCCUUCAGCAUCGCAGCACGUGGCAACAUUGCCCAGCUUGCCUGAGUCCAGUGAUUUGGUCAGCAGCUCACUUCCCCAGUUAAGCAGCUCAUUUUCCAGUCAUCAGAGCAGCCUCUCCCCUGCCUCAGUGUUGUCUUCAAGCACAUCACAUGCACACACUAGUGUUGAGAACACAACUUCGCUCCAGCCCUCAACAACCUUUUCAACUUUUUCAACCUCAGCCACUAGCACCACCUCUUCAGUUGUCAGCAUGGCAAGCAGUAUGAACACUACAAACAGCCUUGGACUGAGCGUUACCAGUGUGUCUAUACCAGCUGCUACCACACGGGCAGCUCCCCUAGUGUCUUCAGGCAAAGCUCCCCCAAACCUGCCCCAAGGUGUACCGCCAUUGUUGCAUAACCAGUAUAUUGUGGGACCUGGAGGACUUCUGCCUGCCUACCCAAUUUAUGGUUAUGAUGAUCUCCAGAUGCUUCAAUCCAGGCUGCCAAUGGAUUACUAUGGAAUUACGUUCCCUGCUCCUGCAACCUUGACAAGCAGAGAUGGGAACCUUGCUAACAACCCGUACUCAGGUGAUGUAACAAAAUUUGGCCGUGGGGAUUCUGCCUCUCCUGCUCCUGCUACCACACUCGCCCAGCCGCAGCAGAACCAGACGCAGACUCACCAUACAACUCAGCAGCCCUUCCUCAACCCGACCCUGCCCCCGGGGUACAGCUACACUGGGUUACCUUAUUACGCUGGUGUGCCCGGUGUACCCAGUGCAUUCCAGUAUGGGCCAACCAUGUUUGUACCUCCAGCAUCUGCUAAACAGCAUGGAGUCAACCUGAACACUGCGUCAACUCCUUUCCAGCAAGCGAGUGGCUAUGGGCAGCACAGCUAUGGAGCAGGCUAUGAUGACUUAACGCAGGGAACGGCAGCUGGAGAUUACAGCAAAGGAGGCUACAGUGGGUCAUCUCAAGCACAAAACAAAUCUGCUGGCACUGGACCUGGGAAAGGUGUUUCUGUGACCUCAAGUAACACAGGUGUGCCUGAUAUCAGUGGCUCAGUCUAUAACAAGACUCAGACAUUUGACAAGCAGGGAUUCCAUACUGGCACGCCACCUCCUUUCAGCUUGCCUUCUGCUCUCGGAUCGACUGGGCCCCUGAACCCUGGUGCUGCCCCGGGAUAUGCUCCAGCCCCGUUUCUCCAUAUCCUGCCUGCACAUCAGCAGCCCCAUUCCCAGAUGCUGCAUCACCAUCUUCAGCAAGAUGCACAGGGUGGAUCUGGCCAACGCAACCAACCCAGCACCAUGCAACAAAAGUCUCAGGCUACCAAAACCACCUAUGGCACUUCUCCAUACUGGACAAACUGA